UUGGGUCACGUGGCGCGGGCAUCACGAGUUUUGACCUUUCAGACCUUUAACAAACAGCAAAAACCACUCCUAUAUUAUAGAAAUACAAUGGUAUAAAGUUUGGCUCCAAAGUCCACGCUUCAGAAAGGCAAAUAUUACGUUGAGUCGUGAAGGGAAGGGUCAUUUUUGGACAGCGCUCGUCAACUCCAACUCUUGACCAUGGCUCUACUGAAGGUGGUGUUUUUGUUUCUUGUGGCUGCAGAGACCAUUUACGGACAGUCUUUCCGCUUUUCCACCUGCCCAAAGAUAAAACCGCAAGAAAACUUCAAUGUCACACAGUACUUGGGGACUUGGUAUGAGAUCAAGAAACUUCCUGCGAUGUUUGAAAGAGGAAAAUGUGUUCAGGCCAAAUACAGUCUUCUUCAGGACGGAGCAGUGCGCGUCCACAACUCAGAGCUGCUGAAGGAUGGAAAAAUAAACUCGAUUGAGGGCACGGCCAAAGUCGAAGACCAUGCCAAACCUGCGAUCCUCUCGGUCAGCUUUUUCAAAGUUGUCCCAGACUCUCCGUACAUCGUGCUGAACACAGACUACAGCUCCUACGCUCUGGUCUACUCCUGCUCGGACUACUUCGGCCUCUUCCACAUCGACUUCGCCUGGAUCCUGUCUCGAACCCGUCACCUCGACAGCGCCACCGUCAGCCUGCUGCAGGACAAACUCACCCUGAUAGGAGUGGACGUGAGCCGGCUCUCGGUCACCGAUCAAACGGGCUGUGGACCUAUGGCCUCGGCUUGAACAGUUACGCGAUGUAAAAAGCGUCAUCGGGUCUAAAGGUCUAAAUUUUCUGAUCUUUUAAUGUUGUUACAUCCUCAAAAACAGACCUGGAGUUGUGUUUUGUUUCAUUCACACAUGUUUAACACACAAACACUGAAUAUUUAGGCUGAGUUCUUCUCUCAAACUGAAAACACUCAGUUCCACCUUGUGAUGUCAUGUGGUCAGUGUUGGGGAGUAACAGAUUACUUGUACCAGAGUCACGUAAUCAGAGUGCAAAUUAUGAGUAACUGUGUUCAGUUACAGUUACUGUUUCAGUGAGUGGUAAUUGGAUUACAGUUACUUUGUUGAAAUAAGUUGAUUACACAGCGGUAUUUUUCUGUUUUCACAUUUUGGGCUAAAUCCCUCUUUUUUUUUUCUUUUAUUCUUUUCCAUAAUUCCACUCAUUGCCGGACACUAAACCAGGUCUAAAAUCAAUUCUAAAUCAGGACUAAAACUAGGUCUAAACUAGAUCUAAACCUGGACUAAACCAGGACUAAACCAGAACUAAAACCAGGUCUAAAACCAAGUCUAAACCUUGAACUAAACCAGGACUAAAACCAAGUCUAAACCUUGGACUAAACCAGGACUAAAACCAGGUCUAAACCAGGACUAAAACUAAGUCUAAACCAGGACUAAAACCAGGCCUAAACCAGGACUAAAACCAGGACUAAACUAGAUCUAAACCAGAUUUAAAACCAGGACUAAACCAGGACUAAAACCGUGUCUCCUCCUCUUCUAUCAAUAAUAUUUUUAAUUUGGUGAAGUCAAAUCUGGGCUUUUUAUUUUCUUUUAGCAAACAAAAUUUCUUAUGUGAAGAUUUCCUCAUCUUUGCUUUUCUACAGAAAACCAAGUAAUCCAAAGUAUUCAGAUUACUUUACUCACUUUAAGUAAUUUAAUGGAUUACGUUACAAACUACAUUUUCGGUUAUGUAAUCUGUAAUCUGUACGGGAAAACAUUUUAAAAGUAACUUUCCCAACACUGCAUGUGGUAAUACAGCAAGCGCUCCAUUGUGUUUUUAAACUCCACACACCUUCGCUUGAAUCAUUUGGUUAAUUUCAGAUCUGGAAUUGCCGAUCUCUACUGAAAAAAAAAGUUAAAAGUAAAGCUAACAACUAGAAAAUUACCACUUCAUGACGUCACAAGAGGGAACAGAGCAUUUUGAGCUUUGGAGAUGUAGACAGACUAAAGGUUUACUUGAACAUGUGUGAAUGAAACAAAACACAACUCCAGGUUUGUUUUUGAGGAGGUAACAUCAUUAUAUCAUGACUUAAAGCUCACAAGAGUUGAUUAUGUGCAAUACGGGACCUUUAAAACAACUUAAAUUCAUAAUAAUUUCCGUUUAAAUACUUUUCACUAAUUUAAAUAUAUUUGAUUAGUGGUUUACUUUGAGUUGAAUGAUUAUAUUGGCCAAUUUAAUAUUUGUCUUUCAUUUAAUCAAAGAAACACUGUUCAUCACCUGCUAUCUGUGAAAAUGAUACUGCUUUGACUUGAAUGUUCUAUGGCAUUUAAAUUAAAUGUCAGAUCUGUGGAGAGGCAAGCUGACUCACAUUUAGCUAUUUAAAACACGUGUGAUUUAAUAAAUACAAGAUAUAAAAGUUGAAUGUGUAAAUAAAUUAAAAUAUCUGUGAACUGGAAAUACAUGUGGUUUGUUUCGCUUUCGCAAAAAAAAGGUCAUUGUUUUGAAAUUUAAAUAUUUAUUACUCAUUAGAAAACAAAUCUUAAAGGUGCGUUGUGUGACUUUUCUG